GACAAACUUCUAGGAAAAUUUAAAAACAAGUAUUGUUUUGUUGAGCUGUUUUUAAAUUUGUUUAAACUUUAAAAUUUUGAAUAGUCUAUAGUGAUCUGUGCUUUGAAUACAAUUUUUAUUCAAAAUCACUACUACGCGAUUUAUAGUAGUAUAGCGAUAGUAGUAAUAAUUAUGCUUAGUUUAGGAAUAAAAUCGUAGCUAUCGUAUUUUGAAAUGGAUUUAGAAGACGGUUUGGAUGACCUUUUGGCUGAAAUAUGUGAGCCCACAUCUCCAAAGAAAAUAAAAACUGAUGAUAAGGAUUGCCCAGUCCAACCAGGGCCAUCUACCUCUACAGUUAAAAAGUCUGCUAUAUCUAAAACACACUGUGUACUGGUCAACCAAAAACAGCGUGGUAACCCAUUGUUGAAAUUCAUAAAGUGUGUCCCGUGGGAAUAUGAUGACAUUAUCCCUGAUUAUGAAAUAGGCAAAGCAAUAUCUAUUCUCUUUCUAUCUGUACGCUAUCAUAAUUUAAAUCCAGAUUACAUCAACAACAGACUGAAGGAGUUGGGGAAGAAAUAUGAGCUUCGGGUACUAUUAGUGCAGGUUGAUCUUAAAGAUCCACACACAGCGUUGAAGAAUUUAACAAGAAUCUGCCUCUUGACUGAUAUGACACUAAUGUUGGCCUGGAGUCCAGAGGAAGCUGCAAAGAUUGUGGAAAACUAUAAAAUAUUUGAGAAUAAACCACCAGACAAGAUAAUGGAAAAAGUUGAAAAUGAUCCACAUCAAAAGAUAGUAAAUGCCCUGUCAUCUAUAAAACCAGUCAACAAGACAGAUGCAAUGACACUUAUAACAAGGUUCAGUACAUUAGAAAAUAUUAUCAAAGCAACAGAGUCCCAGCUGGCCGAAUGUCCAGGGUUCGGUGCCACUAAGGCCAAGAAGCUUUACAAAGCCCUACAUGAACCAUUUUUAAAGAAGGGAAAUGUAAGCAAGGAUACUUUGAAAAAAGAUGAAUUUGCAGAAAACAUUUGCUUAGAAGAUAUACAAAAUCUGGAAACUGAAAUACAAAGUGAGGAGCCAAAAUAAAUUAAAUUUAGCUGAUAAAUAAGUGUAUAAGUAUAAAAAUAGGUAUGUUUGUUUUAACAUACGUACCUAUCUAUGAAAUAUAUUUUGUUAAAAACAAA